AAAAAAAAAAUUGAUUUAGACGUUUUCAUUCUCUAUUCAUGCUCCUCGCUCUAUUUUGUAACGCCCAAAAUAAAUCCCCUAUUUAGUAUAUCAGAUUCAAUCCCCAGCUGUGAUUCAAUCUUUGUUCAUUCAAUUUCAGAUUUAGUACUUCCAUCUUUUCAUUGUGAUUUAAUGGUCGAUCCAAAUUCCCAUUCAAUUUCAGAAUUACUGAAAUCAGUAACGGUCUAGGUUUGCGUUAAUGAUGAGAUUUCUCAAAUUCCCAUUCAGUUUCAUGGAUUCAAUUGACUGCCGGCUUCUAUAAAUUGUCUCUGAAAAUUGCAGAACAGCAUCAGUCUUCCCGGUUCGACAUGCACCCAUAUGCUAGACCACCACGUCAUAUUACCGUGCCGAUCAUCAAAGAUACGCCUAUAUAAAUUUUGGAUGAUUGGUAAUCAAAAAACCAUCUCCCAGCUUCCUUCAUACAAAUGGGACCCAGUCUACCCGGUCAAUAUUUCCCGUUGUUUCAAAUGCCCCUAAUGUCUUCAUGUGUAAUGCCACUGCCAGGAAUGUGCCAACUGAAAGUGGGUGGCACUAUCUUGGCUACCCUCGGUGUACCAAGAAAUUUGCUGGCGAGGAUGGUGACCUUUGGUGCAGCAAGUGAAGCAAAAGUGGAUAUGCCCAUUGCCAGGUUCCUACUUUGCUUUGAAAUGGAAGACAACACCGGAUCGACAGUCUUUGUAACUAUGGACAGUGAGGUCCAGAAAUUGGUCCGUCACACUGCAUAUGUGCUCAUUGAAGGGUCAUAUGUAUACUUGCUUUCCCUUUUUUUGGCUAAAUUCGCUUGAUCAUUUAGCUGUUUUCUUUGCAUAUGCCGGUGUAGACUUACCUUUCCUCAACAGUCGAUAAAUUUUUUCCAGGAUUCUGCAAUAUAGGGGGGUCAAGCAGGAUUCUGCAAUAGAGGGGUCAAGUCCAGAUUCUCAUAGAUCCUGCAUCAGGCCGUGGAUUUUUAAAUUACUCUCAAUACCUUCAACGUGAAACAGAAUGUUACAACCAGCUACACCAUCGCCCGCCGGCCAAAUGCUAUAACAGGAUGCCUACCAACAUGAGUUCUGGCUUACCACCUGAUCAUUAUUAGAUUGAAUCAUGCUGAAUACUUGGUUAAUGUUGUUAUCUAUGUUUUAGGUUUUCCUCAUUUACUUAUCAUGUUAGUACCCUAUCCACCGUAUGCCAUUUUUGAAAACAGUUGUGAUAUAUUAUCAUGUUCGGUUCUGAAACAAUUGGUCCUAUGUGUAGAAUAUUUUUCUAUGGUUAUGUUACUUAUCUAUUUGGCGUAA